AUGGACCCAUUAAAGUACUUGUUCGAGAAACCAACGCUAACGGGCAGCAUCGCAAAAUGGCAACUACUGCUCUUAGAGUUUGACAUCACCUAUGUCACUCAAAAGGCAAUCAAGGGGCAGGCACUGGCCGAUCAUUUAGCAGCACACUCUCUACCUGAUUAUCAACCACUGAAGACCUUCUUUCCCGACAAAGACAUCCUACUUAUCGAGGAAGGAAAAGACAAGAAGGCAGAAGAGUGGACGCUCUUCUUCGACGGAGCUGCAAACUCGAAAGGGAGUAGGGUAGGCGCCAUACUCUAUUCUCCGGAGGACAUCCUAGUUCCCAUAUCUAGAAGACUGGCAUUCCAAUGCACUAAUAACGUAGGAGAGUAUGAGGCAUGCAUCGCCGGUCUCAAGGAAGCCAUCAUCCUCAACGUAAGGAAGUUACGAGUCUUUGGAGACUCACAACUCAUCAUCAAUCAGAUAAAUGGCAAUUGGAGGACCAAGGAUGAAAAGUUGAUCCCUUAUCACGUGUAUCUGGAGAAUUUAGUCGAAGAAUUCAAUGAGAUCACAUUCUCUUACAUGCCUCGGGUCAAGAACCAAUUCGUAGAUGCUCUGGCUACCCUCGCCUCAAUGCUAGAAAUUCCAAAAGGAGUUGCUGAAUGGGAACUCACUCUCAAACUCCAGGAGGAACCUGCAUUCUACCUACAGAUCGACGAAGCUGAACUAUCCUCAAAUGAUCGGCCGUGGUACACAAGUAUCAAGAAAUACCUCGAACACCAGAAGUACCCAGAAGGAGCCACUCUGACCGAUCGUCGCACCAUACAACGGCUAGCGGCACAGUACGUGAUUACCAGGGGCAUCCUCUAUAAGCGAUCAUUUAAUCAAAUCCUUCUCCGCCGUGUGGAUGAAACAGAAGCAGCGCAGAUCAUAAAAUGCUUCAAGUGUCAGGAGCAUGCGAACCAGAUCCAUGCGCCGGCUUUCGAACUUUACAACUUGACGGCACCAUGGCCCUUUUCCAUAUGGGGAUUGGAUAUCAUUGGUAAAAUCAAUCCCAAAGCUUCAAACGGGCAUGAGUAUAUCCUGGUGGCAGUAGAUUAUUUCACCAAGUGGAUAGAGGCAGCAUCAUACACUACCAUCGCAACAUCUCAUGUGGUCAAGUUUAUGAAGAACAACAUCAUUAGCCAUUAUGGGGUCCCUCAGGCCAUCAUCGCUAACAACGGAACUCCGUUCGUCAAUAAAGGGAUGGGCAAUUUCCUCGACAAACUCAAGAUUCAAUGCCAUCGAUCAAGCCCCUACCGUCCUCAAAUGAACGGUGGAGUCGAAGCCGCAAACAAAACUAUCAUUCGCAUACUGGAGAAGAUGGUGAAGACAGAAUGGAAGCAGACGUCUGUACGAUUUGCUACAUACGCAACUCCUUACGAACUCGUAUACAGAAUGGAAACAGUCCUACCAGUUGAAAUCGAAAUCCCAUCACUACGGAUACUACUGGAAAGUGGAGUUGAGGAAGUCAAAUGGCAACAAGCAAGGUAUGAUCAACUGCAUCUGGCAGACGAAAAGCGCAUGCAAGCGCUAAGCCACUCCCAGUGUUAUCAAAGAAGGAUCGCUCGGGCCUACAAUAAGAGGGUCCAGAAAAGAAGCUUCAAAGUCAUCGACAUGGUCAUGAAACGUAUCUUGCCAAAAUUCAAACCCUCAUGGGAAGGACCGCUGAUUAUCCGUGAAGUACUCCAAGGAGGCGCUCUUCGACUCACCAACCUGAAAGGGGAAGAUCUUCCCGAGCCCAUCAACACCGAUAACGUGAAAAUCUAUCACAGGUAA